AUUAAUUCUCUUUCCUCCCUCCAAACCACCGAACACAACACGACACCCAAUACACACAAACACAACAAGACAAGACAAUGGUGCUGGCGCUUGUGACUGGCGGAAGUGGGUACCUUGGUGCUCACGUGGUCGCCAUGCUUCUGGAGAGGGGCUACAAUGUACGCGCAACGGUUCGCGACGUGCACAACCCCAUCAAGACAGACCACUUGCGGAGCUUGCCCAACAGUGACAAGUUGGAGCUGGUGCAGGCAAACCUGCUGGAUGAAGAGUCUAUUGCAAAGGCGGUGUCAGGGUGCGACGUGGUGUUCCACACGGCGAGCCCCUUCUUCCACAUGACCAACGACGAGCACGUCUUGGUGGAGCCCGCAGUGCAGGGUACGCUGGCCGUGCUGCGCGCCGCCAAGGCCAACAACAUCAAGGAGGUCAUUGUCACCAGCUCCACCGCAACCGUCUUUGCAAAGGACACGCCAAAGGACCACGUGUUCACGGAGGAGGACUGGUCGGAUGAGGCCUGGCUCCGCGAGCGCAAGAUUAUGUACCGCGUCUCCAAGCUCCUGGCGGAGCGCGCUGCCUGGAAGUUUGUUGAGGAGGAGUGCCCCGACAUGCGGCUGGUCGUCAUGAACCCCACCCUCAUCAUCGGUCCGAUGUAUCAGCCCACCAUGAACACCAGCAACGAGUUCCUGCUGGACAUGUUCAAUGGUCGCAAGCCCGUCAUCCCUAGCGGCUUCAUGACAUUUGUUGACGUGCGGGAUGUUGCUCUUGCCCACAUCCUCGCCUACGAGAACAAAGAGGCAAAGGGCAGGUUCCUUCUGGUGGCCGGGACGGAGCGGUGGUCGCAUCUUGUGCGCGAUGCCCGCCACGCCCUCCCGCCAGAGUUCAGCCGCCUCCUCCCAGAGAAGGUUGAGCCCGAGUCUGCGGACCAGCGGGGGAUUGUUGCGGACUGCACCAAGGCGAAGACGGUGCUUGGUCUUGAAUUCAAAUCUCCCGCCGAGAGCACGGCUGAUCUGUACCGCUGCCCGCGCUUCCAGCGCCACCUGCGCGAGAUUGUGGGCACACACAUGCCAGCUGCUGCCAGGUGGUCGCUGUCUGGCAAGACGGCACUCGUCACGGGGGCGACAAAGGGCAUUGGCAGCAGCGUGGCCGACGAGCUCGCACGUCUCGGUUGCCGCGUUGUCAUCGUUGCCCGUACGGAGAGCGAUGUGGAGGCAAAGGUCUCGCAGAUCAUCAAGGAGCACGGUGCUGGCACUGCCGUUGGCUGCACGGCUGAUGUGUCCACCAGCGAGGGGCGGGAGCGUGUCGUGGCGUUUGUGAACCAGAACAUCGGACAAUCGCUCGACAUUCUCAUCAACAACGCCGGAUUCAACAUCCGCAAGCCCACGACCGAGUACACGGAGGAGGAGGUGUCGUCCAUCGUCAACACCAACAUGAUGUCCUUCUUUCACCUCACACGUCGCCUGCACGGGCACUUGAAGCGCUCCGGCUCUGCGUCUGUCGUGCUCGUUGGCAGUGUCGCCGGCCACACCGGUAUCCGCAGCGGUGUGCCGUACGCCAUGACUAAGGCCGCCAUGGAACAGGCCACACGCAACUGGGCGUGCGAAUGGGCAGCGGACCGCAUUCGCGUCAACUGCGUCGCCCCCUGGUACAUUCGCACGCCGCUGGUGGAGGGCGUACUCAGCAACAAGGACUAUCUCGACGAAGUCGUCUCCCGCACGCCGAUGCGCAGGGUUGGCGAGGUGCACGAGGUUGCCGCGCCCGUCGUCUUCCUGUGCAUGCCCGCGUCCUCGUAUAUCACGGGCCAGACCCUUUCGGUCGAUGGCGGCUUCUGCUCCUACAGCUUCUGAUGGGGGCAUGUCGUGUCGUCGUGUCAUGCAUGCGUGCCGCGUUAGUUUUCAAGCAACAGCGACAACAACCCCUCCCCUUUGCUUUGUUCCACGCGUUGCUGUCGGCCCGCGCCCCUGGAUGAAUUAUUUCGUCUUCAACGCCGGACGCUUUGCGAAUGCAAUCGCGCGUGGUGUGAAUUUGGCAUCAAUACACAACACCACAC